CACAUUGACACAUUCUCUUUAGCUGACCAUUAACCCAUGACAUCUAACAGUGUGCAACAGGAUAGUGUCACACUUUUAAACUGACAUCUUGUGUGCUUUGUGAUAUCAUUCUCUGGGCUUCACUCCAAACUGGAAGUGUUGUAUCAUUUAUUCUGAAGAUGAAGUUUGAGAACGUGCUGGCAGAGCUGAACGGCUUUGGUAGAUUCCAAUUAAAGACGAUCCUCUUGAUGGUAAUUCCUCGUAUGACUUUGCCUUUUAACUUUCUGCUGAAUAAUUUCAUCGCGGCUAUUCCGUCUCACCACUGCGACAUCAGCUCUCUGGAUGAUGGAGGACUUUUUAGGAAUUUAUCCCAAGCGGAGAGGCUUCUUGUUAGUGUUCCACUCCAGGAGGAUGGGACUCUGAACUCGUGUCAGAUGUUUGCAGAACCUCAAUAUCAUCUGCUGCUCAACUCCUCCAACAUGGCUGAGCUACCCACAGUGCCAUGUCAGAAUGGAUGGGUAUAUGACAACACCACCUUCAAGUCUACUCUGGCCACAGAGUGGGAUCUGGUUUGUGAUAAAAGAAGAGUGAACAGAGCCACAGCCACUAUCUUCUUCAUGGGGGUCAUGGUUGGAGCAGCAGUGUUUGGCUACUUUAGUGACAGGUUUGGCCGAAAAAUCAUGCUUCUGGUGUCAUAUGUGACAGCUGCCAUCUUUGGAUUUGCAAGUGCUUUCUCAUAUAAUUUUGCCAUGUUUGCUGCCAUGAGGUUCUUCACUGGACUUGGAAUAUCUGGAAUAAGUAUUAUCACCAUCGUCCUUUGUAUUGAAUGGGUGGACAUUAAGCAUCGAACUGCAGUGGGCGUUCUUAUGAGCAUGGACUGGAGUGUUUGCACUGCUGCGCUACCUUUGGUUGCCUACUUUGUGAAUGACUGGAGGCACCUCACUGCCGUAGCAACCACCCCGCUGUUUCUCGCAAUGAUUUCCUGGUGGUGGCUCCCCGAGUCUGCCAGAUGGCUGAUAAGUACUGGAAAGGUCAACAGGGCUCACUUUUACUUGAGCAAGUGUGCAGAAGCCAACGGCAGAGAGCAGUUCAUGGCUGACGUAAAGCCUGAGGUUCUGUCCAAAGUAAUACUUGUAGAAAAUGAAAACAGGAAAUAUUCCUACCUGGACCUUGUGAGGACACCCAGAAUGAGGAGGCUGGCUCUACUUACUGCCAUUGUUUGGUUUGGAGUGGCCUUUACGUAUUACGGAAUCAGCUUGAAUGUCACUGGAUUUGGUCUGAACAUUUAUCUCACACAGUUCAUCUAUGGAGUCAUUGAACUUCCAGCAAAAGCAUUUAGCUUUUUCUCUCUGAGCAAAACUGGCCGAAGGUUGAAUCAAACAGGAACACUUCUUAUGACUGGACUGUGUAUAUUCUGCAACAUGUUUGUCCCUAAAGAUAAGGGGCUGUUUCAGACAGCUGUGGGGGCUUUGGGCAAAAUGUUCUCCGAGGCAACUUUUACAACUGUAUAUCUGUACACAUCAGAGCUUUACCCCACAGUAAUGAGGCAAAAUGGAUUGGGGUUCUGUGCUGUCAUGGCUCGUUGCGGUGUGUCUGUAUCCCCCCUGAUCAUGCUUCUAGAAGAGGUGUGGGGCCAUUUGCCGAGUACUAUUUUCUCCCUGGUGGCUGUUGGUGCAGGGCUAUCAGCUUAUUUUCUACCAGAGACAAAAGACAUCCGUCUACCAGAGACUAUUGAGGAUGUGGAACUAACAAGGAGAAGAUCAAUCUGCGCAUCUGACGAGAAAGCUCAACUCUAAAUGGACCUCAUCUUCAUUGCAACCAAAAGGCCUCCACGUUUAGUUGCAGGGUAGAUCAGUGGGAGUAAUGUGUUUUAACGUGUAGUAAUGAACAAACCAUUGUUUCUUAAAGAAUUUUUUAAUACAUUUGCAUUGUUU